AUGGGUCUUGUUUCUACAACAAAAGACUUGAUACAAAAUUUUAGAUUGACUGGUUGGGAUGAUUUGUUUCAAAAGGUUAAGUCUUUUUGUGAGAAGCAUAAUGUUGAUAUUCCAGAUAUGACUACUCUUUACACAGCCGCUUCAGAUUUGCAACUACAAGAAAUUAAUAAUAGGUUUGAUGAACAAAUGAUUGAUAUUCUUAUAUUGAGUGCAACAUUGGAUCUUAAAGACUCUUUUAAGUCUUUUAAUGUUGAUAAAAUAUGCCAUUUGGUGCAAAGGCAUUACCCUGAAGACUUCUCUGAACAAGAAAAAUAUCAACUUGAAUGUGAGUUGCAACAUUUUUACUUGGAUAUUUGUGUACGUAUGCUAUUUGAUAAGUUACCUACCUUAUCACAUCUUUGCCAAGAGUUAACUACAAUAGGGAAAUUGUCUACAUAUCCUCUUGUUGAUCGAUUGAUUCGUCUUGUGCUAACUCUUCCUGUCUCUACAGCAACUUGUGAGCGUGACUUUUAUGCAAUGAAUAUCGUCAAAACUCAACUAAUGAGUAAAAUGGAGGAUGAUUUUCUUAGAGAUGUUUUGGUAGUAUAUACACAGAAAAAGAGAUUGUUGUAG